AUGGUGUCCAAACUACAGAUACACACUCCCUAUGUGUUGACCACCCUUGCCGCCCCCUUCGCCGACUCCCAGGGCACCGGUCGCCAUGUUGCAGGCGAGGUUUUUGGACAGAAGCAAGGACUGAAGCGCAAGAAACGGUCAGAGCUUGCCGUGGCCAUUGACGGCGUCGCUGUCACUAUCUACGAUGUCAUAUCUCACGAUGUCUCGACAGAAUCAGUCUUCACAUGCCCCCCCUACUCGCUCAGAUGGAGACCGUCUUCCGGGAAGAGCGCUUCUCGAUACACAUAUGUUUCAGCUACCACGUCCAAGGAGAAGCAGAUCACACUGUUCAAGGAGGAAAUUUCUACGUCCCAGGCCACAGCAGUGUCAAGCUUGUCGCAUACGCCUCGAACCAAGACACCCAUCGUCCAUCUUUGCGCCGGCGCAGCUCAUACUUCUCCACACUCGGUACCGGGCGAUGAGCUCCCAAACCACGAAAUAAUUGCCGUGGCUUCCGACGGCACCAUCAUUGGCCUUGAUGGGGAAACGCUUGACGAGAAGUGGUCAACUGCGCCUACCGUGCUUGUUCAAGGGCUUGCUUCUGGUUCGGGAUCGCAUCUUCAGGUUGACUUUGUCCAGGCCACCACCGCGGCUGAUGUUGUCGAUGGCCUGUUUGGUGGUAAGAACGAGCUGUUUGGCGUUUUCAAGGAAAAUGUGAGCCGCGAUGGGUUCAAUCCGGAUAUCCUCCUCAUCAUCACGUCGUCCAAAACGCCCGAGAACGUCGCCCAGCAAAAUCUGCACGUUCUUGCUCUUCCGUCGGGGAGACAGGCGCAGUCGAUCUUUGUCACUCGGCUCCCAAGUUUCCCGGCUUCGACCGAAUAUCAGCUCGAUGCGAGAUCCGGCACACUGCAGACCUUGGCCAACGGGCUACUCUCCAGUUACACCUUCAGCUCCGGCAGUCCGCACCUUGAGACUAAGCUACAGAUCCCCGGCAUGAGCUCGUUUCUUCGAAUCUCCAAGACGUCUGUCCUCGCCGCUACGCCCGAGUCCUUUUCCAUCUACAACCCCAUCUUUCGCUCUCUCCAAGCUGCCACCCCUGCCAACUCCGAAGGUGAUUGUCAACUCAUUUCCUACUUUGGCGCCCGGGAAAUUGCGGUUGGCUUGCACGGAUCAAGCCUCAUUGCCGUACAGGUUGAGGCGCCCAAGAACCGCAACACGAAGCGUCGUGCAGAGGGGCUAUUGACGGAUGCGAUUCGCCGCGGAUUACCUCGUGAACAAUCCGAUACAAAACGAGCUCGUGCGGAGCACCAUUCUUCAGCAGUUCUCGAACAAGCCCUGCCCGGCGUGCUAUCUGAAACCAUGUCUGCUGAAUGGAGAAAUGGCGUGGCCAACGCGGAGGAGCUUCUUGCCGCCGAAGAUUUGCGUGCCUGGGAAGAGUUCCUCGCCAGUAUUUUCAAAGUUCAAACCAAGCCGAUCGAAGCUCAGGAAGCUGGCUCUGCUGCUACAAAUGGCAUCGUCGCCAGUCCUCAUCUACCAGAAUGGAUCUGGCCCUCUUCCAGAGCCGAAUAUGCGCAUGUCGACAGGCGCUGGAUAUUUUACGCCAUCAGCAAAGUGUUUGCGUGGAAUCAGCCGGCUGCCGACUCGGAGGAACCUAGGUUGUCUUGCCCACUUGCGGCGAGCAGUGUUCUUAACUAUCUGGUAGAUGCUGGCCACUUGUCCACCUCCAAUGUCAAAUCAGCCUUCAAGGAUGAGACGUGCGAGUUGGACAAUGUCGACGAUAUUAUUGGAGCGGAGCUGCCCCCCCUUCUUGCUCAAGUCGACCCCACGAUGGCGUUACUCCUUGAGUACUUGUCAGGAACUCAGCUUGGCCCCACAGAGCUUGUUUCCGCUGUCAAGUUGCUUCUCCACAGCCUGGACGUGGAUGAAACCCCGUCCAGUCCGGAACAGAAACGUCUGAAGGGCGUCGCCGAAAAGAGUGCUGAUGAGGAUAAUGACGCCAUCAAGAUGGAACUCGACAAGGCUGAAGAGGAACUCCAGAUCACCGAGGUGCAUCUGAGUGGGCACCGUUUCCGAGGACUCGGUGUGGCAUUUAGCAAGUUGGCUGCUUGCCCAGCAGUGAGCACUGUCCAGAGCCUUCGGCGUCUGUUCAAGCCCGAGCAGAUCAUCGGGCUACUUAAUGUGUUGCGGGCCGAACUCAUCAAAGAUGGCUGGACGUCGGAUUAUCGGGAGGAGAUCGAGGCGCCCCCAGACGGAAGCCUGCAGCUCAUCGCGGAUCUUAUGACCAGAUGCAUAGACGCGGUCGGCCUGGGCGGUUGGAUGGCGUUUGACGGUGUGCUCGCCAACUCGGCCAGCCACGAAGAUGCGGCUGACUACUUUGGGCGGUUCAAUCACGAAAUCGACUCCGCCUUGCAAGGCAUUCACGACGCUAUCUAUCUGCAGAGCAUGCUGGCCGAGGCCACCAGGUACGCAAAGAGGGCCCGUCGGGCGCUUUUGGACGCCGGCAAGGGAAUGCCCACAACGGUGCAGUUCACAGAGCAGCUGCCGGUAGGGCUCAAGACAGAUGCCAGGAUAUCUACGGAAAGGAUCAGGUCGGGCGGAGAAAUUGUCCAGCGCAGCAGCCGAGAUAUUGGUCAGGCCAUCAGCCGGAGGAGGGCCGUUUACUCGGUGCAGCGGAUACCGGAGGAACUGUUGUUGGGCGUGAGGGGAUCACGCGAAACCGUUGUGCAGGAAGCCAAGUAA